AUGAUUCGCUAUCAUGGAAUCCCAGACAUUUCUGUGGUCUCCUUCCUGCUGCUCUUGUGUUUCCCCCACUCAGGGUUGGGCGAAAACUGCAUUUUUACCCACGAGCUUCUUCCUUCAACUCGUAUUUCUAACAACAUCAAAAAACUGAAAGAACUCAUGCUCUUGGAUUACCCAGUAUCACAGCCGUCCAACCUGAAAUCAGAUGGACUUUGUUUCAACUUUUGGCAACUUCAUUUCGUCUCCCGGGAGCUGAGCCGCAUGCUACAGGUGGCCGGGUCUGAACUGCGUAAAAACAUCUCGGACUUAGAAACGUGGAUGAAUUUAGAUGACCUGUUUGAAAACUGUGCAAUAGAAAGUGACUGCGUGGAUUUUGAGAGGGCAAACAUCUCUAUGUUCCUGGAUUCAAUUCCUGACAUAUUUGAAGCAGUGAAAGCCAACAUGUCGCAUCCUCCCACCAACUACAGUAGUUGCACCCCUAUCCGGUGCCAACCAGAUUCUCUUAGCACUCCAUACCCCGGGUACUCUUCACAAAUGCUGGACAACAUCCAGACAUCCAAAUCAACCAUCCUUCGAAGGCAUCACUGGCUUCUGAUUCCAAUUGCCUUCCUGAUCUGCCUUUUCAGCGUUUUGAAAUUUUCAGGCCGGAUCCCAGCCCAGCCCUUGCCGGUAAGUCUGACAUGA